UCAAGCUCUCUCUGCUAAUUAGGCUAAUUGACGUACCAUAUAGCAGCUAGCCUAAAUAAUAUUAAUCUUAAUCCAUAUCCUUCCUUUAUGAAUGAUUUUUCAAGAAUAUAUACUAUGAAUCCGCCGAGAUGAGUUCGUGUGAAACAUCAAACGUAUUUUAACGUCAGGGAUACUUGAUACAAAAUUUGGCGACAUAGGCCUACAGUCUGCAUGAAUCAACCCCACAUUUAAUUUUCAAGCCAGUAGUUCACCAUGAUCUUGGUACAUAGACUUUCGUUUGCCUGUAGAACUAACAAAUUCCCUAUGAAAGUGCUGUGGUUGCCAGGUAAGGCAGAAGUUUUACCUCUUGGAAGAACAAGCUGUGCACCACUGCUCAUUUGUAAACAGUGUGUUCAAAAGUUUUCUACAUCAGUUUCAUCACAAACUUAUAAGUUUUCACCCUUUUCGAGAGUGUUUUUUAGUGGAGUACGACCAGUAUUACGAUGUGCUAAAAGAACAAAUUCCUCCAAAGUGAAUAGUGUAACAAAUAAGAAUAUUUCCAAAGGAACUGAUAAAAUACAACCUGCCAAAAUCAGUAAACAGGAGUUUAAGAGGCUUCUCGGCCUAGCCAAACCCGAGAGAUGGAAAUUAGUUGGUGCCAUAGCGCUACUGCUUGUUUCAAGUACAGUUACAAUGUCAGUGCCAUUCGCUCUUGGAAAAGUAAUCGACAUCAUUUACACAGAAGACUCAGAACAAAUGAAGAAAAAUCUGAAUACUCUUUGUCUAACUUUACUAGGAGUCUUUAUUCUUGGUGGGCUUUGUAAUUUUGGAAGAGUCUACCUAAUGAAUUUAUCUGGACAAAGAAUCACCAGGGCACUCAGAGAGAGAGUUUUUGGUUCAAUAGUUCAACAGGAAGUUGCCUUUUUCGAUCAAAAUCGCACAGGAGAGCUGAUUAACAGGUUGUCUACUGAUACGUCAGUGGUCAGUGAUUGUGUCACCAUGAACAUCUCGGACGGACUGAGGUCUACAGUCAUGGUCUGCGCUGGCGUUUCCAUGAUGUUUUACAUGUCGACAGAACUCGCCUUAGUUGGACUUGCCAUUGUGCCUCCGAUUGCUGCAAUGGCCAUUGUGUAUGGACGAUUCGUUAGGAAAAUCACAAAAAAUGUACAGGACUCGCUGGCAGAAGCAACACAAGUGGCUGAAGAGAGGAUCGGUAACAUUAGAACUGUGAAGGCCUUCAGUCAGGAGGAGAGAGAGAUGCUGACGUACUCAGACAGGAUGCAACAUGUCCUGGACCUGGCUACUAAGGAGGCACUGGCUCGGGGGAUCUUCUACGGGUUGACAGGACUCAGUGGCAAUGUAAUCAUCUUGUCAGUGUUGUACUACGGAGGAGUGAUGGUCAGCGACGCACAUAUCACUGUGGGUAGUCUGUCGUCGUUCCUGCUGUACGCAGCCUAUGUCGGAGUCUCACUCGGAGGAUUGUCCAGCUUCUACUCAGAGCUGAACCGGGGCCUCGGCGCCAGCACUAGACUGUGGGACCUAAUAGACAGAGUACCCUCCAUACCGUACAAAGGGGGACUGGUACUGCCAGACCCACCGAAGGGGAACGUGGUGUUUGACAACGUAAGGUUCAGCUACCCUGCACGGCCUGAUGCUCCCAUACUGCAGGACCUACAUCUCAGUAUUCCAAGUGGAAAGAUCACGGCAGUUGUUGGCUCAAGUGGCAGUGGCAAGUCAACAUUGGCAGCCCUGUUGUUGCGAUUGUACGACCCUCAGCAAGGCAAUGUACUGUUGGAUGGUGUGCCUGUCAGCAAAUACGACCCUGCUUGGCUACGAUCCCACAUCGGCGCUGUUAGUCAGGAGCCUGUGUUGUUUUCGGGCACAAUAAGAGACAAUAUUAUAUAUGGAGCUGAACAUCCUCAAGCUGUUUCGGAUAAUCAGGUGGAAUGGGCUUCUCGGGAGGCUAACGCUUACAACUUCAUCACGAGAGACUUCCCCGCAGGGUUCGACACCAAGGUUGGGGAAAGAGGGUUAAUGUUGUCUGGAGGCCAGAAGCAGAGAGUUGCGAUAGCGAGGGCUCUGAUCAAGAACCCAAGAAUCUUACUUUUGGAUGAAGCGACAAGUGCCCUGGAUGCAGAGAGUGAGCACUUAGUACAAGAGGCCUUGGACAGGAUCAUGAAAGGACGAACAGUGCUGACAAUCGCCCACCGGCUGUCCACCAUCAAGAAUGCAGAUCAAAUAGCCGUGUUGUCGGAGGGAAGAGUUGUGGAGAUCGGAUCUUACGAACAACUCAUGGCCGAGCCUGAAGGUGCUUUUCAGAAACUCGUCAGACACCAAACGUUCCAAGCUUAACCACUUGGAAGCCUUUUUGUACAAAUCAUUGUUUUUGUUAUUGUUUUGAAUGCUUUAUAGUUUAUUGAAAUUUUAAUAGAAUCGCAUAUACAUUUUAACUGCCGAAAUAUACUAUUUAUUGCCAAGA